GGAGUCGAGUCCAAUUCUGAUUCCUGGUGUUGGGAAUCGCUAGAGUCGAUUCCAAUAUGGAGCCGAAUCGAUUGCACUGUGUAGAGUAAACGUCCCGUAACUGAAGAAUCGACUGCUUAUGGUGUCGACUCCCAGCCAUAGAAUACGCGACAACGGAGGAGCUGUGAUUGUGGAGGGUGACGGUUUUUGUUUUGCUGGCUUAGUAAUAGUAAAUAGUGGAUAUCGAUGAAGAAAAUUUUAUAAAAGAGGUGUCUGGUUCUGUGCCAUGUCUUUGGAGAGCACGUCAGACCUGGUUAACGAGAACACGUGUGUACCCUCCUCACUCAGCCUUGAUCUGCGCUGCCCACACAGUGCUCUACUGGACACAGAGCUAAGCCCAAAAGGCAAAACGAAAGGCUCGUCCACUCCUUCUUCUUCUUCUUCUUCUUCUUCUUCUUCUUCCAAGAGCCGCCAUAUCUACGCCAGCACCACCUCCUCACAGCUCCUCACUGGCAUCAUGGGCGGCCGGGACGAUGACAUGUCUCACCGCGAGGAAGAGCGAGCAAGGAAUCAAGAAAACGAGCAAGGUCACUCCAUCUCUGGGAGCAACGCCAAGUGGAUGAAGGAAGGUCAGAACCAGCUGCGCAAAGUCGCAGAGCAGCAGCAGGACCUGAACAGAAAUCCAGACCAGAACCUUAACCUGACGGAAAACGAGAACGAGUUUCCGGACGGGAACCCAAACCAGAACCACAUGCUUGAGGAGCAAGAGCAUGAUGUGGAAAACAAUAAGAACCUGAAGGUCCUCUGCUCCGACAUAGACAUCAGGAAUACUGCCAAUGAACCUCUACUGAUCGAUACCUCUGAGAUUCCCAAGAGCAAGGAGCAAGAGGAAGACGAGGAAGAGGAUGAGGAGGAAGAAAGCCUACCUGCCAGUGGUGGAGAGAAAGACACCGAUUCCUCUGAGGCACAGAGCAGCAGUGAGUCGAGAAAAAGCGGUGAAGGUGGGAGCAAGAACAGAUGUUUACUGUUCAGCAAGAGUGGCGCUCCCAGUGAUGAGGACUCCAGUUGUAUGUCUCUAUCUCAGGGGAGCACGGCCACCAGCACUCCUGAUGGAGAUACCGAGUCGUACUGGGACCGCAGUGCAUUUGAGACAGACACGGACCUGCCAGCCGGGUGGAUGCGAGUGCGGGACACUUCUGGCACCUACUACUGGCACAUUCCUACAGGCACCACGCAGUGGGAGCCACCAUCUCCAAUGGAAGAUGGUGCAGUGCCAGAGAGACCAUCCAGCACCUCCCCAGCAAUUACACCCUCUGAGGAACCACAGAUGACAUGGAAUGGAGUACCUCGUCAAAACAGAUUCAAUGAUGACUUGUGGAAGGAGGAGGACGUAACUUCUGAUCAGAGUCUAAAGGAAUUCGAAGGGGCUACUCUGCGCUAUGCCUCCAUCAAUCUCAGCUGUUCUCAGUCAGAGGGAGAAGAGAAACCAAGUUCGUACAGCACUGAUGGAGAGGCCAAGUGUUUUGCUGUGCGAUCUCUGGGCUGGGUGGAGAUAUCUGAGGAAGAGAUGGCACCUGGCAAGAGCAGCAUUGCCGUCAAUAACUGCAUCAGGCAGCUCUCCUACCACAAACACAACCUGCACGACACAGCCGGCAUCUGGGGAGAGGGUAAGGACAUGCUCCUGGUGCUAGAGAACGAGAUGCUAAAUCUGAUUGAUCCUCUGGGACAGACCCUCCUCCACUCACAGCCUAUAGUCAGCAUCCGCGUGUGGGGCGUCGGCAGGGACAACGGCAGGGACUUUGCCUACGUGGCUCGAGACAAGCUAACCCAUGUUCUGAAGUGUCACGUGUUCCGGUGUGACACUCCUGCCAAGAACAUUGCCACCAGCAUGCAUGACAUCUGUUCUAAGAUCAUGGCACAGAGGAAGUCCUCAAAAUCAAGUCUAAACAGACUCAACAUUGAUCCCUCCAAACUAGUGGACAUUCCGGUUCAGGAGUUCCCAGCACCAAAGAAUGAGCUGGUCCAGCGUUUCCAGGUGCGCUAUCUUGGUAAUGUAGCGGUGGCAAAACCAGUAGGCAUGGAAAUUGUUAAUUCUGCUUUGGAGACUGCACUUGCCUCUGGAGACAAAGCAGAUUGGAGUCCUGUGACUGUGAAUGUGGCCUCUGCUACUCUUACUAUUCUUAUUUCAGAUACUGAGGAGGUUCUGUCGGAGUGUCGGGUGCGCUUCCUGUCAUUCAUGGGUGUAGGGAAAGACGUACAUACUUUUGCCUUCAUCAUGGCCGAAGGCCCUGGAGAUUUCAUCUGCCACAUGUUCUGGUGCGAGCCCAAUGCUGCCAGUCUUAGUGAGGCCGUGCAGGCUGCGUGCAUGCUGAGGUAUCAGAAGUGUCUGGAUGCCAGGCCCCCCAGCAGUAUCUCGUGUUUGCCUGGCCCUCCUGCAGACUCUGUUGCUCGCAGGGUGGGCUCCAGUGUCAAGAAGGGCGUGCAAAGCCUGCUGGGAACAUUCAAGAGAUCUGGAGCCCAGACACCAUGAGAAAAUGAGUCCUCCCCAACGUGGCUCUAAUUCUUCACCUCCCUCCACACCCCAAUUUGUCCUCCACCUGUCAGCUGUAGAUCUCAAUCGAGCGUGGAACACGCAUUUCGUUUCUCCUGGCCUCAUCUGAUGAGCUCAGGUUCCCCUGCAUUUGUAUGUUUGUAUGAUUGUAUGAUCAAAACAUGAUUUAGAAUUGUUCCACAAUAAUUAUUUUAACACUAUUUCACACUUUGGUCUAGGUAGAUAGUAUUGUAUCUCAUUACUGAUUCUUCAGCAAUGUCCUUUUUGGGGUUUGAAAGUGAUCGAGCAUAUGCAUAUAUGUCUGUCUCCUUAAAAACUGGACCAAAAUCGUCAUCACAAUGAACGCAAAGUACUUAAUGUGUUCAUUAAGUAAAAAAAAAGCGUGACUACGUGCGCUUUUUAAAAACACUAAAACUAGCAACAAGCAACAUCACUACAGUUAAUGUAAUGUGCUAAAUGUACUGUAACACUGAGGUUGACACUGCUGUUUUUAAAUAUUGAAAACAUAUGACAAUAUGUAUGUUUAAAUAGAACGGAUGGAUCUUCUAAAAAAAAAAAAAAAAAAAAGUUGUGUGUGUAUUUUCCGUUAACAGAACACACUGCGUGUGCUUGUGUAGUUAGGAUGCUUUCACACUAGACAUUCUUCUUUUUUUUUUUCCUCAGCCGCAAGCGCAUGUUUUGCACAUAAUCCUAUGGGAAGCAGCCACAAAGUGCACUGCUUUUUAAAUAACGUUGCAGCCAGCGUUUUUUAGUCACAGAGGAGCAUUUUGCGGCACAAGCAAGAAAAACAAACAUCGGAAACAACUCUGUGGAAAAAAAAAUUGUCUGGUUAGUGAAGCAAUAUAUUGAGAUUUGCAACAUGAAUUACUCACUAUCUUUGGGAUGUGAUGUGACGUCCCACUUUAACCGUGGCUGCAUUCAACAAAGUCACACAAGUAGCUCCACAAGCAUCCUUCUCGUCGCUAUAGUUAAACAAAUCUUUAUUUAAUCUUAAAUGCUGACAAUAAUCAGUCAAAUCUAGAUGGAAAGCUUGUCUAGUUAGUUCCAAAUUAUCGAUAGGACUGGUAAGAGUUUUGUGGUUACAGUGUGUGUGUGUGUCCUGUGUUCCCAUAUCAGCACGAAAAAUGCAUCAGCCAGUGAUUUUUCCCUGUAAAAAAAAAACAAGUGUGAAAGCACCCUUAGCGUGUAGAUUUAGCAUAAUCUCACAACAAGAGCUAGACUAUAAAUCUACGCUGUAUAUGACACAUCUGACCACAUGUUGAUGUGACCUUAUCAGUGCAUUAUAAGUUUAUUAUUUACACGUUUUGAUGUUUGUUUUUUUUUUUUUCUCUGACUGGAAUUAUUUAAACAGAUUAUUUAUAUACUCUAAAAUAGCGUUACUGUAUCAUAGUCUUCCAAAAGGAACCGGCUCAGCGAAGAGCCCCUGGAUAUUUCACUAGCUUAAACGGGCAUUAGUGAUGGAAUUAUUUUGUAGGAUUUUUUAAAAGGAUUUUAAGUUGUGUUAGUAGGAUAUUGUGUUUCCCUGCUGGGUGGGAAUUCUGUUUUUUAGACAUGUGAGGUCUCACCACUAUGUGGUAUUUUUGUUUUUUGUUUUGUAAAAGGAGUGACUCUAUCAUGUUUCUGAAUGUGUACAAGUUUGCCUUCACCGGGUUAGCGAGGUCUGAUCUGGAGUGGAAGUGAUGUAUAAAAAUGCUUUAAUCAUGCAGUGUAGGUGUAGGCAUAGUGAUGUACAGGUAGAGGGCGCUCUCUGCUUUCCGCUGGUCUUGUACAAUAAUGCCAGGCUCAUUUCUCCUGGUUUCAUUGUGACGUGUGUGUGUGUAUUUUAGAACAAAACAAAAAAAAAAAUCUCUCAUACACUUGAAAGAACCAUGUCACUGAUUUGUCAUGUGUACAUACAGGUUACACACACUGAUCCAUUUCCCCUCUCGUGUACAUUGUAAUAUAAUUCAUCAUGACUUGCCUCGCUGUUUGGCUCUAAAACCAGUAACAGCCAUUCACAAACAUCACAUCCUACGAUUACUCACUGAAUGUUAUUGUGUAUAUAAACUAAUAUAGUGAUAGUAGCAGAAUGCACCCAUAUCCAGUAGCACAUUUCUCUGAUUGCUAACAGGUUGUGUAAACUGUACUUCAGUCACAGAUGCUUUUUUUUUUCUUCCUUCUUCUCAGUUUACUGUUUAGUUGGCUUGUGAAUAAGCCUUAGCUUUUAGCUCAGCUGCUAAAGAACGAAUGUUGUAUGAAAGGAAACGGGAGUUAUCGGUCAUUGUUUAAAAAAAAAAAAAAAAACAUGUCACAAUAGCUUGCAUUGCAGUCGCUUUAUUAAACAAAAAAUCUGUAUGUGGUUGUGUCUCAACAUUUCCUCUAAACAGUAAGGGACUGUAGAUCUACAGUGCCCUCCACUAAUAUUGGCACCCUUGGUAAAAAAAAAAUGAGCAAAGAAUGCUGUGAAAAUUUGUCUUUUAUUUUUGGAUCUUUUGUUAAAAAAAUUCACAAACAUACUCUCAUAGAUAUCAAACAAUUGCAAACACAGGUAUAUAUAUAUAUAUAUAUAUAUAUAUAUAUAUAUAUAUAUAUAUAUAUAUAUAUAUAUAUAUGUAAACAAACUUUGUUAAAUAUAGGUGUGCCACAAUUAUUGCCACCCUUUUAGUCUUUACUACUUAAUCUUUAAUACUUUGUGCUACCUCCCUUUGCCAAGAUAACAGCUGAGUCUUCUCCUAUAAUGACUGAUUAGGUUGGAGAAUACGUGGCAAGGGAUCUGAGACCAUUCCUCCAUACAGAAUCUCUCCAGAUCCUUCACAUUUCCAGGUCCACGCUGGCAGUGGAGGACACUGUAGAUUACUUCAUGUCAUGGAGAUUGGUAACAACAUGGAAUAAAAUUGUAUUGUACUUCAUUCAAGGAAUGUAAAUGUUAGUUUACUAAUCAAUUUUUAGGAAAAUCAGAUUUUCUUUUUCUUUCUUUUUUUUAUAUACAAAAAAAAAAACUGAACAAUGAAUGACUGUGCCAAAGUGCACAAAGCCUUCAUAACCAGCCAGCUAACAUCAUAUUUCUUUAUGCAUAAUAAAGCCAUCUGUGAGCGCGUUAUCUGGGUAGGUGUGUGCUAUGGCAGUGCAUUUUCUGAUGUGUAAUAUGCAAAUAUUAUUCAAGUGUUUAGUGGUUCUAGAAUGCAUUUAAGUUUUCAGUUCAGCAAGAGAGACCAUUUCUCUUUUUUGUUUUUGCUCGUUUUGAAUUGCUUUCUUAUAAUGUAAAUUAGGUGUCAUGUACUGUAUAUACAUAUUAAUAUGAUAUGUCUCUUGACAAAAUAAAAGUUACUGUCUGUCUCCUCGCGGA